AUGUGUAGUGCUUCUAUAAGAAAGCUUCAAAGAAAGAUUAAUUGUUGUAUUGCUAAUUUAAAUUCAUUAGAAAUUGAUACGGAUAAUUGGGAUCCUAUCUUCGUAUAUCUUUGCUUAUCAAAACUACCCAAAGAAACCCAAAGAGAAUUUGAAAAAACUCUCAAUGAUAGCGCUGAAAUGCCGCCAUGGACGAAUCUUGAUGUGUUCUUAACGAACACUUUUAAGGAACUUACAUCAGUAAACGAUGUUCCAGAUUCGAAUCCUAAUACCCACCCUAACACCCACUCUAAACCCAAACAUUUUACUGAAAGUAAAUAUAACCCUGACAGAAGAGCCAAAGCCUUUCACAAUGUAACCCAUUCUUCAAAGAAAACCCAACCAAACCCCAAACCUCAAAAUGAACAAAAAUUCUCUAACCCAACCCAUAUACCCAAUUCAAAUACCCUAAAGAAUGCAAAUGCCCAAAAGAAACCAAAUGCACAAAACACCCAAACUAAACUCUAUGGGUCUAUUUGCAAACUUUCUACUGGACAUGUCAUAAAAGAUUGUUAUAGCACAUUUAAGUGCAGAUAUUGCGGCGGUAAACAUAAUUCGCUUUUACACAAGCCGAAUUCUAACCCUAACCCACAUGUUGAAAAUACUCAGGCGUCAACAUCGCACAAUGCAGUACAGUCUUUCUCAACCCACACCCAAUCAAGCAAACCCAUACCCAUAGAUGACAGAACGAAGUUAUUAGGAACUGCAGUUCUGAAUGUUGAAGUUCAAGAUGAAUUAUUUCCAGCUAGAGCGCUUAUUGACCCAGCUUCAGACUUCUCGUUUAUCACAGAUAAACUGAGAAGGAAGCUAAAAUUACCCACUACACCCAUAGUUGCUGAAAUAUCAGGAUUGAAUAAAAUAGUUUCAGCUCGUUCGAAUAAACUAUGUCAAGUUCUAUUGCGCUCUAACACACAAAAUGAAUUUAAAUUGAAUAUCCAAGCAAUUCUUGUUAAAACACUAACCAAAAACUUACCCACCCAAAAUUUAUACCCCAUCCUAAUACAAGACUUGGAAAAUAUUCAAUUGGCUGACCAAAAAUUCUACGAAAGUCGACCUAUAGACUUUAUUAUUGGCAGCGAUUUUUACCCACAGAUUUUAAAAUCUGGAGUACGAAAAGAUCUUCUUAAUACCCUUAUAGCUCAGGAGACUGAGUUUGGCUGGAUUUUAACAGGACCCGUUCAGAAUUCGCAAAAUACCCAACCCUUAGUUUCUUACUUCAGUUCAGUCACGCUUGAUAAAAUUUUUACCAAGUUCUGGGAAAUUGAAGAUGUACCCACCCAACCCAAAGUUUCAGAAGAAAGUUCUUCAUGUGAAGAAACCUUUAUGACCACUACCCUUCGAUUACCAAAUGGCCGUUAUCAGGUAAAUUUACCAUUUAUAUACCCUCCUGUCGAGUUAGGAAACUCUAGACACGUUGCUAUGGCUCAAUUUCUACGUGACGAGAAAAGUUUAAUAAAAAAGCCAGAGCUUAAAAUGGAAUAUGAUAAGGUGCUACAAGAGUAUAUCGAUUUAGGUCAUAUGAAACCAACUAAAUAUAACCCAAACACUCCUUCAAACACCCAUUAUUAUUUACCACAUCACGCUGUUGUUAAACUUGAUCGCGUUACGACAAAAGUUCGAGUUGUAUUUAAUGCAUCUAGCAAAACCUCGAAUAGCAACAGUCUUAAUGAUACCCUACACACUGUUCCUACCCUACAGCAAGAUUUAGUUGUACUUAUCUUGAAAUGGCGCUUUUACAUGAUAGUUUAUAAUGCCGAUAUUACAAAAAUGUACCGGCAAAUUAUGCUUAACCCUACCCACACACUCUUCCAACGAAUAUUAUUCCGUAAAAGCGUCAACGAGCCCAUUCAAGAUUAUGAACUGCAAACAGUUACAUUUGGUGUUAACUGUGCGCCAUAUCUAGCUAUUAGAACUCAACACAAAUUAGCCGAUGACAUUCAAAAUACCCACCCUAUAGCUUCGCAAAUAUUGCGAAACAACAUGUAUGUUGACGAUGUCUUAGCUGGAGGUCACACAAUUGAGGAAGCUCAAAAAGCUCAAUACCAAUUGAUCGCUGCUCUUGACUCUGCUGGUUUUCCUUUGAGAAAGUGGAUUUCCAAUACAAAGGAUUUAUUACAAAAUUUACCCGAAGAACAUCUACUAGAUGUUGAUUUACUCACCCUACCCGAAUCAAAUAAUGCUAAACUGUUAGGCAUUCGUUGGAACGCUAAGGAAGAUACGCUUUUCUUUAAUGUACCCUUAAUUGAAGGAAAAUCAGCAUACACAAAGCGAACUGUGUUAUCAGACAUUGCUCGUCUUUUUGACCCAGCUGGUUGGUUAGCGCCAAUUGUUAUAUCUGCCAAGAUUAUUAUGCAGCAAAUUUGGCAAGAUAAUACAGCUUGGGAUGAAUGUCUUAACCCCUUAUAA